AUAAAAUAAUAAAUUACAACUAAAAUCUAUAAUAAAAUCCAGUGUCAAUUUAUACAUGGUCUGACUAUACAGUAGUUGCAAUUCUUAAACUGUGUGGCCCAUUGUAGGUUCAAUGCUAAAAGGGAAGUGACUAAGCAGUGCAAAGGGUUUGCCACAAUUGUUAUAUAACCGUCAUAAAAUGAAUGGUUUAUAGGUUGAGAACUAUAUGUACAUAAUAAAUUCUAAUCUCUUUUAAAGAAAGUUCAGCAGAGCAUUUGGAGCAAGCUGAAGUCAUAGUUCAUUUAACAGGUGCCUAGAAAGUCAAUUUUAAACUUUUAGCUUUUUUAUAAUCAAUUUGUAAAGCAUCACCUUAUGCUCCUUUAGUUCCUUGUUGCUCAAUUAUAAUUGCACCCUAUUUUCUCUGUUCAAGAUCUUGCCCAUGGAAUGCUAUUGGACGUGUCCAUGCAUGCUUGCCCUAACUUUGGAAACCUAUAAUAAGUUUCAGAGACUGGUGUAGUCUGUGUCUUCAUAACUGAGUAGAAAAAAUAAAUCUCAUCUUGCCUCUGAAGGGCAAGUGAGAGGGGAGAGGAAAAUAUAAAUAGGAUGAAAUUAGAAGUUGCUUCUUACAGAUUUUUCUCCAACACCUUCCAGUUCCUAUGUAGGAUCUGUAGGAAGGGUGUUUUACUCUCCUACUGGUGAUGUCAUAAUGUGUUUUCUACCAUGUUUCAGGGGAUUACUCCCCAGCCUCUUCUUAUCUAGAUAUGCUGGAUGAGAGUUCCCCAGCCAGCCAACAGUGGGAAAUCUUUAGGGAAUUCAGGAGCAACAGCUCAGAUGCUACGUUCUUACCUAAAAGGAUGGGCAACUGCAUAGACAAACUCAUGAGUGACUCUUUUAUAAUAAAGAGCAUGUUUUUUCCCACAUAUUAGUGGAACAUUGGUUCUUCACUGGCAGAUUGAGAGGGAAUGAAUACUGUAAACCUAAGAACCCUUAUGGUUUGGGAGAAGCUAGAUGAUGAAAUUCAUCAGAUUUGCUUAUACAAAUAUUGUCUUUCAAUCUUGCUUAUUUUAUUAGAAUGAGUCCUAACUAUUCUUGGAGACUUUGGAGCCAGUUUAGUAUAUCCAUUAGGUGGCCCAUCUAGUGAUAGCCCAAUCAAUUACUGUAGGUAGAGUAAGGAAGCCACUAUGGAACAGUAAAUUGUUAAUUUUAUUUUUAUUGUCAGGGAAGUUGGAUUUUAUGUCUUUAUAUGUUAUUUAUAUAAGUUAGCUUAGCUAACUUAGAUUCAUGUGGAUAGGGAGUGAGGGAAAAAUGGAAGGACAUAUGUUGUGCUAAAUAUUUUUCAUUAUAUAAAAUUGCAAUAUUUUGUUCCUGCAGCUGGAUUGAUUACCAUACAUUUAUUUAUUAGAUUUUUAUCCUGCCUUUAUUAAAGUAAUUCAAUGUGGGUAGUUCUUGUUCACUUUUUGUCCAUCAGUAGUAUUAGAAUUUCAUUUCUGAAAAGUUUUUGCCCUUCAUGGAUAUUAUCAUUUAUUAUGAUCAUGAUGUGAGUACAUAAAUUGGCAGAGAUAAUAGUCAAUAAUCAUUCAUUAACCUUAAACCAUUUGUGAGGGUGGAAGGAAUGCAAGACAGCCAAAAUAAAUGUACAUAAUUGGUGCAUGAAACUGGCAGGCCAAAAAAAAUGGCUGGACCAAAAAAGAAACAGGAGUUCAAAUGACGCAAUAAAUGUUGCAAAAACAAAACAUUGUAGAAACCAGCUUUACUAACAGAAGCUAAAAUGUAAGAAAAAAGAUGGUAGUCUAUUCUAAAGAUGUUAAGAUUGGUCUUUAAAUAACAUUUCUGCAAAUUUAUAUAGUUGGUUUUGUAAAAGAUAAAAAAUAAUGGCAUGUAAUAUUGAGAUGUAUAAAAAUGGCAAGUUGAAUUAUUGCUAAACUUGUGAGUAAAUUUUGUAGCAUCAAAUCAGAAAGCAAAAAAUGGACACAUUCCAAGAUGUAUUCCAGAAAGUAGAGAAGAUUGGGGAGGGCACCUAUGGAGUCGUGUAUAAAGCAAGAAACAAGCAAACAGGCCAGUUAGUUGCUCUGAAGAAGAUCCGACUUGAUUCGGAGACAGAAGGAGUACCUAGUACAGCAAUCAGAGAAAUCUCACUGUUAAAAGAACUGAAACACCCAAAUAUAGUGAGGCUCCUUGAUGUAGUGCAUAAUCAGAAGAAGCUAUACUUAGUCUUUGAAUAUUUGAAUCAAGAUCUUAAAAAGUACAUGGACUCAUCUCGUACAGGAGAGCUUCCUCUAAACUUAAUUAAGAGCUAUCUUUACCAACUGCUACAAGGUGUAAGCUUCUGUCAUUCUCACAGAGUUAUCCACAGAGACCUGAAGCCACAGAAUUUGCUCAUAAACGAAAUGGGAGCCAUCAAACUAGCUGAUUUUGGUCUAGCUAGAGCUUUUGGAGUCCCCCUACGUACUUACACACAUGAGGUGGUAACCUUAUGGUAUCGGGCUCCUGAAAUUUUACUGGGUUGUAAAUAUUACUCAACAGCUGUGGAUAUAUGGAGCAUUGGCUGUAUCUUUGCAGAAAUGGUGACAAGGAAAAGCCUUGUUUCCUGGAGACUCUGAAAUUGACCAAUUAUUCCGGAUUUUCCGUACACUUGGUACUCCAACUGAAUCACUGUGGCCAGGAGUCACAAAUCUUCCUGACUAUAAAGGAA